AUGCAUAGAGUUUUCGGAAGAGGAGGCGGUUCCAAGGCAACUGCUCCAAAUCUGACUGAUGCUGCAGCAAAUAUUGAAUCACGUAUAGAAACUCUCGAGAAAUCUAUCAAUGCGAAGAGAAAUGAAGCAAUGAAGUAUCAACAGCAGCUAAAAAACAUGCGCGAUGGGCCUGCUAAAAGGUCACUCAAAACGAAGGCUCUAAACGUUCUUAAGCAGAUGAAGGUUCUUGAGCAGCAAAGAGAUAUGCUAUACAAUCAGAGCUUCAACAUGGGUCAAGCCUCAUUUGCCAUUCAAAAUGUAAAGGAUACCCAAACAACUGUCAAGGCGAUGAAAGCUGGUGUUAAGGAGUUCAAGAAGGAAACAAAGAACAUGAAAAUUGAAGAUAUUGAAGAUAUCAAUGAUGAUCUAUUUGAUAUGCUAGAUGUGAAUAAUGAAAUCGGAGAGGCUCUCGGUCGUUCAGAUAUUAUCAACACAAUCGAUGAGUCAGAACUUGACGCGGAAUUGGAAGCGCUUGGAACUGCUGACGAUUUCGAAAGUUUCAUGGGCGCCGAUACCGCACCAUCUGUUCCGUCUGCUGAUAUUGGUGGUUCUACUGUUCCCAGUGCUCCUACCGCUGCUACCAGUGGCAAUGUUCCUCUCGACGAAUUUGGAUUGCCGCAAAUCUGA